AACCGCAGAAUGCAACCGGGUGAAGGGUACCAUUAUGAUAGUGGUCCUAACAACGCGGUGCAUCCACAUCAGUUGCCUGCAGGCUCGCGGCUCAAUCAGUACCUCGCCAAUAAUAACCGACAAGGACCAUCAUUCGGACCAGGUACUCCCAUAAACGUAAAUGCGCCCGUAUUCGUUCCAAAGCAUCAGCAGCCACAACCUGCUCAGGUAGCAGCUCCACCUCCAAUGGUGAAUCAGUUUGCUCAGCUAUCAAUUCACGACGUACCUCAUCAAAUGAUACCUUUCGGACAAAUUAACGGGCCACCGACGUUCGGUCCAGGCCAACAUAUGAAUCAUCGUGCAUCUCAUCACCAUCAAUCACCACAGAUGGCACAACAGCCACCUACUCUGCAGCAAUCAGCUUACGAUCGAUAUCAACUAGAGAAUCGUGGAGGAACGACGUAUUUUUAUACAGAGCCAACGGAAGCUGGGCCAGAUGAUGAGCAGUAUACUGAAGCAGAGGCACCUGAUGGAAGCAUUCUUGUGAAUACUCCCGGAGCAUUUGGAUAUAAUGCACCCCUUCCAAUUUCUCAUAUGGCACGAUUUCGAGGGAAAGCAAACGCAAACCUGCAGACACAAUUUAUAUCUCCAGAAAUUCGAAUGGAGCUGAUCAAUCGACAAUUAGCAUACGAUACAAAAGCAGAUUCCGCUAUUAUAGGAGAUAUUCCACAUUCCGUCGAACAUUUUUCCAAUUUGGUUCCUUUGGAAAUUGCAGGAAUACAAUCUCAAACGACGUAUAAAGCAUUCUCGUGUCGCGAUGGAAAUUAUUAUUGUCUGAGAAGAAUACAUGGAAAUCGAAUUCAACAUCCUGGAAAACAAACUCAUCUCGUAGAACAGUGGAAGAAAUUAGUACAUGGAAAUGUGGUUCCUCUUCGUGAAGUUCUUAUUAAUUGUCGGGCAUUUGAUGAUUCUUCUCUAAUAUUCGCUUACGACUAUUAUCCACUCGCUGGAACCCUCAUGGAGAAACAUUUUGAUACCAAGAGCGGCACAUUCUUCGAUCCUAACAAUGGUUUCCGUAUAUCAUCACCAAUGAAUGUUUCCAUGCCAAUUUCUGGAACUGGCGCUCACGAAACACUAAUUUGGAGUUAUAUAAUUCAAAUCGCUGCCGCAUUGCGCGCAAUUCACUCGAGUGGACUCGCGUGUCGAACACUUGAUUUGAAUAAAAUCAUAACUUACGGAAAUAAGAUAAUGAUCUCAUUUUGUGGUAUUCAAGAUGUACUGGAUCCCGAUCCAACAACCAUCCAACAGCAACAAAAUGAGGAUCUUAAUAUGUUUGGAAAUUUAAUUGUGGCAUUGGCAACUGGGCGCGCAAAUGGAUGGAGGAAGGAUCUUUAUCAACAAUUGAAAAAGUUUAUUGAGGAUACUUAUUCAAUGGAUUUGCGAAACGUUAUUGGUUUUCUACACAACAAUAGUACUCGAAAGACAAUAAAUGAAAUAAUGCCAAUGAUUGGAGGCCGUUUUUUCACUGUUAUGGAAAAUAUGCAGGCAAAAACGGAUGUUCUGGAAGCAGAAUUGAGCAGAGAAAUGGAAAAUGGACGGCUCUUCCGGCUUGUUGCAAAAAUGAAUACUGUUCUUGAAAGAGUAGAACACGGAACAGAUGAUGCAUGGUCAGAGACUGGAGAUCGCUUUAUGCUGAAAUUGUUCAGAGAUUACGUAUUCCAUCAAGUUACGGACCAAGGAAAAGCUUGGUUAGAUAUGGCACAUAUUGUACAGUGCCUCAAUAAAUUGGAUUGUGGAUCGCAGGAAAAAAUCGAAAUGGUUUCACGAAGCGGGGAUACGCAGAUUAUUAUUGAUUAUGCUACACUGAAAAGAUGUCUGGACAAGUCAUUCCGCGAUUUGCUGGGCACGAAUAUGAUGUUGCACCGCUAAACCCUAAAAAUAAAUAUGUAUCUUCCCGUUCUUUUUUAUUCAAACUUAUGUAUCAUCAUAUUUCUUGUUCCAUUAUAUAUUCCCAUCCCCUCAUUUAACCCAUUUUUCCCCUGCAUAAUGGAACUCUACUAUCAAUCAUUUUGUUUUAAAAGUAGUUAUUCAUUAUAAUCAUUUCCUUUUAUUUAAUCUGCAUCCUCGAGACCAAUAGAAAAAAGUACGGUAAUACUUGUUAUCAAAGUUACUGAUUAGAGCUGAUAUUAUCCAAAAUCACAAUUUCUCUUUUCUCCCCAUCUCUGUUUCACUUUUCCAAAUAUUCCUCUUCUAUCAUUUAUUCUUUUCUCAAUCCAUUCAACUCGUAUGUAAUUAGCAUUGCGUUUAUUUUUAUUUUCCUUUGAAAACUCCACACUCCUCCGAAAGAUCACACUGGGGAAUCCCUCUUCUCUCUGAUAGGAUUUGAGCUGUUGACCCAGGUUGUUUCAAAUUAUUACCCCAAGCAAUGUUAUCUCUUCUCUCUCUCUCUCAAUCACCUCUCACUCUACACUUUUGUAUUCAAUUAUCCCAAAUCUUCAUAUGCUAUUCGUCUAUUUUCGUGUGUUGUGAUUUCCAGAAAUACUCCCCUUUUUUGUAAAAAUAAUUAGACCUGAGAAAAAACCAAGUCCCCCCAAAAAAAGAAUAAAUGUGCAAAAUUUAAA